AUGCGUAAAAUCUCUAUCGACGCCACAUCUAGAAAGAUAAAAACCUCAUACGUGAGCAUCAUCCACUCGAACCCCCAGUAUAAGAAUCCACCAAUCUCCCAUCCCGGACAAACCAAAAUGUUCUCCGUCAAACUAGCAUUCGCGGUGAUCGCAGCAGUCUACGCUGCAGCUUCGGCCUUCCCGGCCAACGAGACUCUGGAGGUGGGCGCCAGCUGCACCAUCACCAGCUUCGGUCAGGUCAGCUCGGUGCUGAACAGCUGCUCCAACAUCGUGAUCUCCGGACUGAGCGUGCCCGGAGGCAAGACUCUGGAGCUGAAGCUGAAGUCCGGGUCGACUGUCACUUUCCAGGGAAAGACCGUUUUCGGAGUGGCGCAUUGGGAUGGGCCUCUGCUCGAGAUCAUCGGUAGCAAGGUCACUGUCAAGGGAGCCUCAGGUCACGUUCUCGAUGGUCAGGGCCCCAAAUACUGGGACGGCAAAGGCGAUGGUGGAGUCAAGAAACCCAAAUUCGUCAAGGUCAGGGCCACCGGAGGAUCAGUCCUGACCGGUCUACAUGUCUUGAACUGUCCACGACAAUGUGUGUCUGUCAACAGCUGCGACCACGUGACAAUCGACGGCUGGAACGUUGAUGUUUCUGCUGGAGACAAGAACAAACUUGGCCACAACACUGACGGAUUCGACAUAUCCUCCACCAGCAAUGUCGUCAUCUCUAACACCGUAGUGAAGAAUCAGGACGAUUGCGUGGCUGUCAACAAGGCCCAGCACGUGACCAUCUCGAAGCUGCAGUGCUCAGGCGGCCACGGUCUCAGUCUGUCCGUGGGCAUGAGCAAAACGUCCAAGGCAGAUAACACGGUGUCUGAUGUCCACUUCUCUGAUUGCACUGUCAGCAACUCUGACAACGGCAUUCAUAUCAAGACGCACUCUGACGGAGGACCUGGAGUCAUCGACAACGUUUCCUACAAAAACAUCAAAUUGUCGGGAAUUCGCAAAUACGGAGUCAACAUCGAGCAAGACUACGAGAAAGGCAGUCCCACCGGCACACCCAAGGCUAACAUCCCGAUCACCGGAUUGAGCAUCACCGGAGUGUCCGGAUCGAUGACCGGAAAGAACUCCAGGGCUGUGUUCAUUCUGUGCGCUAAAGGGGGUUGCUCGAACUGGUCCUGGGGUGUCAACAUCUCGGGGGCUUACAGGCAGAGCAAUUGCACCAUGCAGCCCUCUAACGUCAAAUGUUGAUUGAAUCUUUGUUUUUAGUAGGUACUUAGAUCAAUAUAUUUUGUUUAUAGCAUGUAGUUGACUGUUUUUUAUUUCUUAUUUUGCCAAAUUAGCAGGUAGAUUUACUUUGUUGGAGGGCUGUGGAGGGUAAUGGAAUCAAAAUCAAAUUCUAUUGAAUUGGAACGUGAUAAUAAUUGGGGAUCAGAGUUGUGCUGCUUGAAUGAUCAAGAUUUCCAAGUAGAAAUUGAGGAAUUUCACAUAAUAAUUUAUUCAUAUCCCUAUUCAUCCAGCUAGCAAGUAGACCUCAAUAGGAAUAAAUAAUCCAAUAAUUAUGAUUUAACGUUUAUCGACGAGCUAUUUUAUCCUUGCCUGCGUAUAACAGAACAAUUUAAUUCCAUAAAAAAAUGUUUUUCUGCAACGACACAAAAGUCGUCCAUUUUAAUACAAAAAUUAGCUAGUUUCUAUUACUGACACAAACAAAUGCUAAGCAAAGUUCAACUUUAGCUCCUAGGAACUAAAAAGGAUGUACUAGGUCAUCAAGAAUGAACAACAUUGUUAUGGUUGGUUAUUUGGGUUGAGACGCAUACCUGAUGUGUUCCCGAUUUCGGCAGAUUUGGAAUUUCAUACCCAUACUGCAGAUAUAAAUACACCGUAUUAUAGUUAAGUAUUUCGGUUUUUAUCAGGAAAGCCUUCAAGUUCACAAACUUGCUUGAUCUGUAGUUCAUUCAUUAUCGCGGGACCUGAUUUAGUGGAUAACUAAACUAUUGUUAAUCACGGCCAGCAAUACCUUUUUGUCUCACACAACCAGAUUGUUUACCUUCAUUUGAAAACCGAGCCAAACACAGUGGAAUAUGGAGAGAAAUAAAUAAUCGCUAUUAUUAUUGUUGAUAUGCUCACUAACCUAACAUUUUCCGCUUCUUUUUCCUAUGCACCUGGCAAUGGCGUGGUAUUUGCUAUUAGGGCAGACACCUGGUCCAAAUGAAUUCAUCGAUUCAAUAGAAUACACAAAUGGGUCACUCUGUGGUUGUAUUUAUUUCGAAACUACAAUUCGAACAUCCUUGAAAAUUGAAUAAACCUGAUCUGUAAAUGCAGGUAGAAUAUUCUCACCACACGGAUUAUUUGUUGUAUUGCAUACAUAUGAAUUCGUGCCUGUAGUAUCGUCCACCAAUAUUCUAAUGUAAAGUAGUCUGAGGUCUUGCUUCUAUCUACUUACCUAUAUUAUUAUAAUAAAGGUAUUAUAAAAAUAUGUCAAGUAAGUCACAUUGGUGGUUACUUCACAUAUUUUUUUCAGUUCUCUUUCGAUUACAGAAAAAAAUAGCAUGUUUCAUUGCGAUCCAAAGUGACUUUUUUUGACUCGCUUGUCAAACAAAGUGUCACUUUUGAUCCUAAUAAUACAAUCUACUAUUUUCUAGACCAGAAUUGUAUCGUUUACUCACAAAAUUUCAAAUCCAACUCAUUAAAACUAAUAAUUAUUUCCAUUUCUGAAUUGUCACAAUAAAACACUGAAAGACUUCGUCUUUAAUCUUUAUUUAAAUAAAUUUAUUUCAACAUUUUCUGCAUAUUUUAUCAACAUAUUCUAUUGAAAAAUAUUUCUGCUGAUUCACAUUUGUAUCAAGAAGGUACAAUUCCAAGUUUUGGAUACGUGAUAUGUCUGUUCAUUUGAUUUUUUAAACAAAAAAUUGAAAAAAAAUGCACCAGAUCAACAUUGCCCAUAUACAUUCUGGCAAAACAGUCACCUACAUUGCACAACUAUAAACAAUAAAAACACGUCGUACAAUAUACGCAAUGCACCCUGAUUCACCAGAAAAAUACGACGUUAUCUGCUUCCGAACAGUCAAUGCAAAAUAUUUUCACAAUCUGAAUGGAAAUUUGAUCGCAAGAUUAUCCUGUUAAGUGAGCUCAUUACAAGAAUUCUGUUGCAAUUAUGACUCAAUGGACCGAUUGAACUUGUAACAAUUGUCGAAAUAAUCUUACGAUUAUCUUCUUCCUAUGAUUUUGAACCAAUCAGAACGUUCAAUUCAGAUACAUAGAGUAAAUCCACCAAUCAGAUUUCGAAUUAUUUCCAUUUCCAUAGUAACAAUUCAUAUUGUUACAUGCAAACAAACCGCGUCGUCAGAUUUUGACGUUCGUUCAGAGCUACUCAAGAAAUAAUCGCAUCAAAUACAACUCGAACUUCAAAAUAUUCAAGGUUAUACAACUUGCUGCACAAUUUUUCGAAAUUUUUGUUUUUGUACUUUCACGUAAUUUUGUCUGGAAAACACGAAUUUGAUAAUGAAAAUGUGAACAAACCUCUAUAUAUCGAGAUAUUUCAAGAAAAAGUUCGAAAUUUCGCCUUUUUUCCCCCUGUAUUGGAUGCAUUUACAGCUACUUGCUCUUCUUAUUUUGUCAUUGGAUACUUUCUACUUUAUACAGGGUGAUUCAGGUUUAAAGACACAAACUGAAAUGGGAGAUAUAUCUCAUCCUUUUAAUCAAAAAAGUUUAUAUAAACAUUAGCCCGAUCUUUCAGUGAUCAAAUUGUGUAGAUCGUUCAAUUAAGAGGCUUUUUUGCUCUUCAAUUUUUUUCGAGAAACGAACCGUUUUUGUGAUAAAUAAGCAUAUACGUUCUGAAAGAUGCCAUAGGCGUACUACGAAAAAGUUUGAAGGGGAUAAAAAAGGCUCUAUCACCCUGUAGAUUUUGAAAAUCUUUAAAAUGCUUGAAAUGAUGAUCUUCUAGGAAGUAUUGACCACACCAAAUUUCAAAAUGAUAUCUUGAAAAGUAAGCGAGAUAUUUCAAUUAAUAGAAAAAAAUUAUUAAACUUUGACCCCCUGUAGCUCCGUUACUGAACGAGAUCGGACUAAUGUUUAUAUAAACUUUCUUGAUCAAAAUGAUGAGAUCUAUCUCCCAUUUCAGUUUGUGCCUUAAAACCUGAAUCACCCUGUAUACUCAUGAUAUACUUCAAAGACACAUUUUUAUAUAGAAAAUUCAACACGAAAUAUAAUUUUUAUGGCGAGUUUUUCAUAUUUAGUGAACAAUCAUACCAGAUGAUGGCCAUUUAAUCAAUAGUCAAUCCAAAUACGAGAUGUCAAAUGUCAACAGAUGCUCUUGAAUGACAUUACACACGCCAUUAUUUCAAAUGAUAUUCUUCCUUCUUUUCACUAAAUACGGAUAAAUCGCAAGAAAAUCAUAUUUCUAGUUGACUCAUAUAAUAGAAAAAAUGUGUCAUUGUGAUACAUAAAUUGUCCAAUGAUGAAAAAAAGAAGGUCAAAUUGUUCUAAAUGCGAUCCAAAAGACAGGCGGAACAGAAGGUGAAAUUUGUAACUAUUUAGUGAAAUAUCUUAAUAAAUAAUGGUUUUUUCACAUUUUCAUUAUCAAAUUCGUGUUUUUCAGACAAAAAUACUGGAGUACCAAAAAAAAGUUUCGAAAAAAAAAACCAUCGCAUGAUAAGUGCAGUUUUACCGACAGCUAUUAUAUGAUUUCAUCAAAUACAGAGUACCUUCGUUUUACAAAUCUCGUCCAGAGAAUUAAAUAAAAAUAUAUAAAUUCGCUUCAAAAAUAAAUAAAUAUCAAAUUGAAUUAUAACAACAACGAUUCACGAAGGGAAUGACAACAGCAUCAUAUAGUCAUAUGCAUUGUAAAUGUUUACAAUAAUAAUUAUUAUUCUUCUAAGUGCAUUCGAACCAUGGUUAAGAAUCCAAGACAAACAAUAUUUAUUUGUUGAAUUAUCACUGUCAUUUGAAUACUUCUCGUUGAAUUAUCUUUCCUUUGGCAAAUUAGUGACGAUUGCCGGGCUACUUCCACGAUUUCAUCACUCAUAACCAUGAGAACGAGGCUUAUUGGAACUAGCUAGUUGAGCCUAUCGACUAAAUUUUCUUCAUUCCUCCAACAUAGUCGAUGUGGGAGCCACCUCGAGCAGCAUCUGCAGAAAUACUGUCACGCCAUCUACAAAAAAAAACGUUGAAACCACUAGCAGCACUCUUAGAAGCAAGCUGAACACGUUCCCAACAGAAUUUUGUCUACUACUCAAGCUGUGAAAUCACCAUUAUUCAUGAACUAUUUCUAUCGAGUUAAAAACAUGAAUAUAGGUAAAUAAUGAAAAACUGGCAAACUUUUUUUUACGAAUUUUUGCCUAAUGGGAAAGACCACUGAAUUUUUAAAAAGACAUAAUCGUGAACUCUAUACUGAAAAACUACAAGUGAAUUAAUUUUGAAUUUUUUCAUUCAUGCUAUGACGAUGAAAAAAAUAAACUAGAAUAUGUCCAUUUCAAAACACACAAUUCCAGCGCCAUUGAAAUUUCAUCAAUUCACUGGUGUGACUGAUGCGACGUCUUAGUCCCAACACGCCUAUUGUCCUUGAACUGACCAAUUACACUGCAACACUGCAGAAUGAUGAGGUAUCAGAGAGAGAUAGCUACAGUUCGGGACUAAUACAUCACGACUCCACCAUCAUAUUUGAUGGCUGUUUGAAAUUCCGAAUGGAAUAUGCUGAUUUCAAAGCGAUAUUGAUUCGAUUCCCUUCAAAUUCAACUCAUAAUAUUGAUUGUACAUAAAAUGUAAAUCAUGAUUCGUCGAUUGAAAGAGGUUUGCACGGAUUUCUUCCCUCAGUGGUCUUUCCCAUUAACAGUUGCAAGUGUAAAUUAAGGAAUGUGUGAAAAAAAGUCAACUUUUUUUCUUCUACAAACCUACUACUUUACAGUUGCAACUGUAGAUUAGGCAAUAAUUCGUGAAAAAAAGUAUUUUCAGGAUGGCAGCUCCAUAAACUUUUUUGUGAUGCGCCACUGGUGGAUUUU